AUGGCGAUAACAAACUGAGCGGCAGAGGCGGCCAUAGCAGCGAGGGAAAGCUUCUCUGUGUACAAAUCGACUUCGAUGCCACUCGUCGGUAGCCCUCGCCACGGCCCGCCGCUGAAGCUCGCUGGCCGCGCCCAGCGCCGGCCUCCGCCCCGCACCAUUGCGCCCAAAUGCGACAUCUACUUCCCUCCCCCGCGCCUGACCAGAAGAGCCGUUUCCGCCGCCUCGCUGCUCCUCACCGCCCUCCCUUUCCCCGCCUCGUCACCGCAACUCCCCGUGGCCUCCGCAUCGGAAACGGAGGCAGAAGCCGGGGGAGGAGAAGGAGGCGCACCGGCGCUGGAGUUGGAGCGGUACACAGACCAGGACCAGGGGUUCACCCUCCUCAAGCCCGCCUCAUGGCCCAAGGUGGAAAAGGCGGGCGCGACGGCGCUGUUUCAGCAAGAGGGGAAGGGGAGUAACAAUAUUGGGGUCGUCGUCAAUCCUGUUCGCCUCUCCUCGCUGACGGAUUUCGGCACACCGCAGUUUGUCGCUGACAGGCUUCUACAGGCAGAGAAGAAAAAGGUUGUGCCCGCAGAUCGUGUUUGGUUAGGUGCAUAUCCUUGCCCUCAGCUUGAGCAUCCAGGGGAGCUGCAUGUGAUUUCAUUAGAAGAAGAGAAAGUACAAUCAAGAAAUUACAGAUGACCAAGACAAACCAUCCAAAGCUACCCAAAAUACACGGCAACAGCGCUAACCAGCAACACAACCAAGUAACUCCACAGCAACGGCUAAAACCAAAAGCUAACCUCGGCCUUCAGCUAGUUGAUAACCUGAAGGAUCAGAGUGUGCUUCUUUUCCGGUCUUGCAUAACAUCAGUUAUCUGUAUGAUGUGUUCUACAGGAGGUAGCAUAGUUCUACUGGUGUCUAGUGCCAGGACGGGGUUUCCUUCUUUGAUGUGCUCUCAAACUGUUUUUAGUCCUGCAAGGAUACCAGAAGUAACGUACUAACAUAGUGAUUUU